CGAAGUACGAGUGAGUGGAUGCAUUUCACACGGGCUCUGCGAUUUUUCGUCGAUUUCCGUAGCUUUUCGAAGUUUUCACCCCAGAUUUUCGGUGAAUCGAGCGGUGGAGUACGCAAGGACCACGGAGGCACAAAAUAUUGGGCAAGUGGACCUUUUCUUCGCCAUUUUUCAGCUUUUCGAGAUCCGCAUCGCAUGUGGAGCAUCUAAGCCUAACGGGCGCCUUACCGCGCAAAGCCUACUGAGUCGACUGAGUCCGCGGCGGCCCUACCCGGGGUCAAUCGGCGCUCGCCGUCGAAGAAUUUAAACAUGGAGGUCACUGUUGAGGGUGAGCUCAUCCGACCCGAGGAGCUGGAAGUGCCAAACCAAUGGUUUACCAGCCGAAAAUCGAAGAUUGUCCCGUUGGAAAGUAUUACGCGGGAAAGUGACCAAAGCCGCGCCCCGACAAAGGCAAUGGGUAGAAAGAUGGCGCUGAAGUCCAUAGAGCGCAGGCAGAUGCGCAUACCGACGGAGGCGGCGAAGGUCGUGCUCAGGCCGCGCGGAGGCCUGACGAAGCUAAUCCAAUAUGGGACGGCCCACCUGGGCGACGUCAUCAAAGCCGCAGCCGGGAUCGAUCCCAAGGAAGAGGGCGACGAUAUAUUCUCGCCGAACUUGAAACAACAGUCCAUUCUCGUCGGGACCACGUGCGAGAAGCGAAAGCUAAAGUACGCCUGCAUCAAGCAGAUAAUGCUCGACGGGGAGUGUGUCGAAACCUCUGCCUACGUGGCCACCCCGGAGGAUUGUGGCAAGGGGGUGAUAUACGACAUCCCACUCUUCUACACGAUAGAAGACAUCAAGACCAGACUCGACCGCCGCGACAACCCUAAGAUUCUGGGAGUCAGAAGAUUGGGCAAGGAGUCGAAGGCCGUGAUGCUACUGUUCGAAGAGAACACGGUACCAAGAUGGAUCCUUUUUGGAGGCGUCCCAUUGAGAUGCCAACUUUAUAAGAAGAAAUUUGAGAUCUGCACCGCCUGCGGACGCCUGGGCCAUCGGGACGACGUCUGCCCCGACCCGAAGAACGUCAGGUGCCGCGGGUGCGGUCUCGAAAGGCCACCGAAGGACCACAGCUGUGAGCCCAAGUGUCAACUGUGCGGCAAAGGGCAUAUACUGGGCGACAAGAAAUGCCGGGAGAUUUUCCGGACACCCUACGUCGUCAAGAAGAAGCAGUGGGAGCAAAAACAACGUCAGACCGACUCAUCGGAACGCCAGAGCCGACCGAGAGAGCCGAAGCCCGAGAAGGGCUACAAGGGGAAGAAGCCAGUCCAGGGGGCGUUCCAGCUCCAGAGGCCUGGCCAACCCACGAAAACGAGGUUGGAGCCAGGAGCGUAA